UGGCCUCAGCGGCCGCCAUGUUGUUGCGGGGCCCCGGGCCGGGCCGGGCCGGGGAUGGCGACGUCCAGCAGCAACUGGCUCUCCGGGGUCAACGUGGUGCUGGUGAUGGCCUACGGGAGCCUGGUGUUUGUGCUGCUGUUCAUCUUUGUGAAAAGACAGAUAAUGCGCUUCGCCAUGAAGUCCCGCCGGGGGCCCCAUGUGCCGGUUGGACAACACGCCCCCAAGGACCUGAAAGAGGAAAUUGAUGUUCGUCUCUCAAGGGUACAGGACAUUAAGUAUGAACCCCAACUGCUAGCUGAAGAUGAUGCCAGGCUCCUGCAGCUAGAGACACCAGGAAGCCAAUGUUGUUAUAACUACUUGUACAGAAUGAAGGCACUGGAUGCAAUCAGAGCUUCUGAGAUCCCAUUUUAUGUAGAAGGCCGACACCCCCAGUCCUUAAUGGGAAAGAAUUUCCAUGCCUACCUGUUGGAGCUGAGAAAUUCCAGCACUCCAUUCAGAGGCGUCCGCAAAACCUUGAUUGACACCCUCCUGGAUGGGUAUGACACUGCACGCUAUGGGACAGGGGUCUUUGGGAAGACAGAAUAUCUGAAGUACCAGGGUGCCCUGACUGAGCUUGCGAACAUUAUCAAAGCACGAGGAGGCAGCAGCCAGAGGCAGCACCAGUCAGCAGCGAAGGACCUCACGCUCUCGCCUGAUGUCUCCAACCCAGCCACCAUCCAGGUCACCUACCUGCCUUCCAGCCAGAAGAGCAAACGUGCCAAACACUUCCUGGAGCUGAAGAGCUUCAAGGACAACUACAACACGCUGGAGAGCACCCUGUGAGCCACGGCAGGAGUUCUGCUCCUGGGACCUGCCUCUGAGAGCCCCUUGCUGGGUGGGGCAAGUCACAAGGGGCUUUUGGCAACAGUCCGUGUCCAGGCGGGAAGUCACUGGGCUCCUGGAUCACUCUCUGCUGCAUGGAGUUGGAUUUAACAGCGACAUCAUGGCUGGGGUUACCUGGCCUCUGGGCAGGAGGCUCUAUCCACAGCUGUGUACUGGCUGCAGAACAGGGAGGUGGCCAGCAGCCGGCAUGGGCCUUGUGCUUUGGGCUCUGAAGAGAUUCCAGACGCAAUCCCUGUUUAGCAGCUAGUGUCUCUCGGGCCCCUAGCGCUGUGGAUAGAACAUUUGAGUAGCUUUCGCGUAUUUAUACAAGACACUGCUCCGGGGCAGUGCUCCUGCACCCCUCUGCACUGACUGCAGCGGCUCCAUUCACUCCACUGACCCUCCAUCACUCCCAGCGAUGGCUCAGGGGCUGAGGCCAGAGGUGGUUUCCAGCUCCCUCACUGGAGCCACUGGCUGGGCUUUCCAAAGGGUAAAUGCCUGGGGCGGGUCUGUGGGUCCAUCCUCCCACUCCUUGUCAGCCUGUUGUGCUUGAAUUGCCCUUUAGAUCUGGGGGGGUUGUUAUUGAUCUCUUGAGCCUGUUUAAACCCCACCUGGACCGUAAAUGGCUCAGUGUCCUGUUCUGGGGGGGUGAGGGUGCUGCUGCUCACUGGCUCUUCCACAUGCCCCAGCUGGGCAGCCGGGUGAAAACCUUCCCUGUUCCCUCCCGCUCUCACCAGCGCCUCGUGCCAUUCACCAGGGACUCCUGCAGGCCUCGGGGAAGGGGCAGCAGCAGAGCAGCCUCUGGCGAAAGCUCCCAGGCAGGAGGCUGACGGCAGUCCCCCUGCAAGCUGCGUGCGCUGCGUACCAGUCAUCUGCUCUGGGCCGGAGGAGGUGCCCCUGGCAGCCGGGCCUGCUCUCGCUCUCUCUUUUUAAAUGGCUGUUUAAUAAAAGGAACGUUCCCCUGCG